AUGAAAAUAACUAUUAUUAAGUCAAAUAUUGAGAAAGUUUUGAGUUAGAUUGAGAACAAAGAGCAAAUUAUAAACAUCACUGCAAUUAAAUGCAAUUUAGAUAAAAUACCCAUUUUAGAUUUUCCAAAUCUAAAGGUUUUAGAUCUAUCUUAUAACAAUAUAUCCACUUUUGAGAAUUUGCCAAACACAAUAGAAUACUUAAAUUUACAGAACAAUCAAUUUGAAUACUUUGAGGAAUUAGAAUUUCCUCCUUCAUUAGUUUAUUUAAACUUUAAUGGCAAUAAAGUUUCCACAAAAAUAUAGUAUCGAAGUAAAUUAAUUAAGAAGAUAAAGCAAACAUGUCCUGAAUUUAAGUAUUUGGACAAUGUUUCAAUUAAACUCCGAUAUGCAGAGAUGCCUAUCAACAUCAGUAAAUUUGAUCACAUUAUGGAUUUUACAUAUGAGAUGUUUGGGGAUGAGAUUUGA